CUGCUCUCUAACGGUGAUACUAGCUAGCUAGUGCAUGUAGUCGUAAUGUUGAAGCAGCUGUGAAGCAAAUCAAAAUCCAAAAGGAGCUUUGAUGGCAGACAGGUUCUCUCGACCAUACCGGUACGCCUUUUCUCGGCCCUACUCCUCUUGCACUAGCUAGCUAUUAGCUGGAAGCAGACAGUACUGGUACCUUUAUCCUGCUAGUACCUUUCCGGCUCCGUUCUCGUCCAGCAUCCAUCCUGAAUCCUGAUACCCCCAAUCAUUUGGGCAGGUAUCCCACCAACAAACCAACCUUGAGCUGAAGGUAGCUUCUGAUCUUUUCACUUUGGUAUUUAGACAAGAGAAAUGGGAGGAGGAAACGAAGAUGAAGGCGGCUUUAGUGGGUAUAUGAUCAAGACAGUGGAUCUUGGACCGAUCCUGUUCUGUGUAUGCCUGUUGGCUCUGUUUGUGGCCUAUGGGAUAGUCUUGCCCCUUCUGGUCUUUCUGGGCGAACGACGAGACGCCCUCCAACAUGCUCACGAGACUACCGAAUUCUUUAGCGAAGAUUCGUCCGAGGAUCUACCACGACGAAAGAAACACGACGAUGAUAAUGACAGCAAGAAGAGCCCGAAUCAACAGCAACGGGUACUACACGGCAACCAGAAUGCAGACGAAGAGGCCUCGGUGGAUUCGAGGAGUUCGCAACAAUCCACUUCCACUCAUAGCAGUGCCCUGGGGAGCGCCGUAGCUGCCAUUUUGGACCAUCCACCCCAUUACAAAUCCAAAACGACACGAAGAAGACGUCGCAACAGAGAACGGGAAAUCCUCAAGGCCCAAUGGACUGCUGGAGAGUCUCAAGCCUUUCAAAUGAAAACCAUGGGUGCCAGCACUCCCGAAACCUUGGCACUCUUGCAAGCCAUACACCCCGGAGGCAUUACGGCGCCAGCAGUCGUACCCGAACCUGAAGAAUGCACUGUUCCUUCGGUCAAAGAUGCCACGCCAACAACACCGCCACCCAAAAAGUAUGCCGAAGACUAUCCCACCAUGGGAGCCAUGGACAAGAUGGCCUUGAUAUCGUCCUAUGAUAUUGAAACGAAGCGCAUCGUUCGUCUCUCCACGCCGUUUUGUGUACAGGCACUCAUCACGGGUCUCACAGAUAUAUUGACCGUGGCAGUGGUGGGGAAACUCGUGGGCACACGAGAAGUUUCGGCGUUUGUCGUUGUGACAAUGUGGGUGGAACUCAGCAGUGAAUUUGUUGGAGGGCUUCACGAAGCAUUGGCCACUCUCUGUAGUCAAGCCAUUGGAGCCCGUAACAAGGAGUUGGCGGGGAGUUAUGUACAGAUUGUUGUGAUACUGUAUACUCUUUUUUUCAUUCCAUUUGCCAUCCUUUGGGUGUUCUACAUGGAUGCCGUACUUAGAUGGCAUGGCCUCGACGAAGAAACUGUCCGGAUUGGAACGCAGUACACAUACAUCCUCGUCGUGGACCUCCUCAUUGAUGGACUUGGAGAAGCCAUCCAUGGACUACUGGAUGUGGCUGGGUUUGAGAAAUACAGCACCUUGAUCGGGGCUACGGAAGAGAUUCUAUCUCUUGUGAUCAUUUUCAUCUGGGCGCUGGUGGGAAACCCAGAUUUGAACACUGUAGGAUUGAUCCAGUUUGGACUGGGUGUCGCCUUUUUGCUGUUGAAUUGCGUCAUCAUUCGCUGGAGAGGUUGGUUCAAGGCCUUUUACAAAGGCAUGUUUGGAUCCGUGGAUUGUUGA